GAACAAUUCUGACGUCUUUUUAAAUCUGUACGAGAGUGUUGCUCAUUGAUCUUGACCAACGUUGUUCGCACCCCCUUCACUGACAAUCUCCCAUGUCUCCACCAACGGACCGGAAGCAAAUCCUGCAGGGAUUCCAUCAACAGAUCAAAGAUGGCCACGCCAUUGUUGGUGCUGGUGCGGGCAUUGGUUUGUCAGCGAAGUUCGUCGAGGCUGGAGGCGGCGACCUCAUCAUAAUCUACAACUCUGGUCGCUUUCGAAUGGCCGGCAGAGGUUCACUAGCCGGCCUCAUGCCGUAUGGGAAUGCGAACGAUGUCGUCGUGGAGAUGGCUGCCGAAGUCCUUCCAGUCGUCAAGCACACGCCAGUCAUUGCUGGUGUCUGCGCUUCCGAUCCAUUCCGGGACAUGUCGCGGUUUCUGCGCCAGCUAAAAGACCUUGGGUUCGCUGGCGUUCAGAACUUCCCAACUGUAGGCCUCAUCGAUGGAACGUUCCGGUCGAAUCUGGAAGAGACUGGUAUGAGCUACCAGCUCGAAGUCGACGUUGUGCGUAUGGCGCAUGAGAUGGACAUGCUUACCACCCCCUACGUUUUCAACCCAGACGAGGCAACCAGAAUGGCUGAAGCUGGCGCAGACAUUAUUGUCGCGCACAUGGGACUGACAUCAAGCGGGUCCAUAGGAGCCAAGACCGGCAAAAGCCUCGAUGACUGCGUGAGAGAUAUCCAAGCUAUCCGCGAUGCGGCCACAAAGGUCAAGUCGGACAUCAUCGUGCUCUGUCACGGAGGACCAAUAGCAGCGCCAGAGGAUGCGAAGUACGUGCUCGAACGAUGCCAGGGCGUGCAUGGAUUCUUCGGAGCGUCAAGCAUGGAGCGCUUGCCGGUCGAGGAAGCCAUCACUGGAAUCACGAAGACUUUCAAAAGCAUCAACGUGCGGUAACACGGGCAGUGGGUCGUAUAGUAGAAAGACUGCACUUCCUUACCGGACGUGUCGGCAAUGGUGUAUAC